AUUUGCGAAUCCCCCGACUCCGUACAACCGUAACGCUACACUGUCAUCUCUUCUGCUGGUUCUACUAUACAGGGUCCACAAAAACAUGUCAUCCGCACUACCAACACUCUACGACAUGGCGGACCUGUGGGCGCGGAUUCAGGCCCAAAAGGCGUCCCUCCUGCGCGACCUGGAGCCCAAACACCUGCUGAACGAGCUGCUGCAACACGGGGUUCUGGAUGACGACGAACACGAGAGGGUGAAAAGAGCUGGGGUCACCAGAAAGGACAGGACAGAGGCGCUACUGGACGUUCUAAAAGGAAAAGAAGUAGAGGAGUUAGCGGCCUUCAUGCAACUGUUGGACAGACUUUAUCCCCACCUGGCAGAACAGAUUCGAACUGCAGAAAAAGAGAAAGUGGAAAAAGUGAUCCCGACCCCAAGAAACUGUCGGUUCGAGUCGUCCACCAGGGAUUCCCUGACGGUUGCCUGGGACCAGAUAGAGGCCGUCCCAGGGGGGUCGGUGGAAGUCGCCAUCUUCGCACACGGGAACGACCAGGAGCCUGUGCAGCGGCGGGAAGUCGGCUGUGAUCAGACUGACGUCAGGAUGGGAGGGCUGGGAGCUGGGACAAAGUACGACGCUCGAGUCCGGGUCGGAGUUGGUGAGCUACGCGGAAAAGAAGUGACGAUCGAGGCCAAGACUGAGAGCUUCUGGUCAUAUGUUUCAUGGAAGCCAUUGGUUAUUGCCUGUGUUGUUCUGGUCAUUGCUAUCCUUCUGCAAAUGGCGUUGGUGAAAUCUACAGACAGAAGAUGCCUCUACCCAAAGGAUAUCAUGGACACCACAGUUCAGAACAGACCCAACUUGUUUGGUAGGGAGGAAGACAUCGCAAAUCUAACCACAGUCCUAGAAAACAAGGGACGAGUGCCCGUUCUCGGGCACCUCCUCGCCUUGGGCCGGGCGCCUCACCUACAGCUGACGGUGUGGAGGCGGCAGUACGGGGACGUCUUCACCGUCAGGAUGGGGAUGGAAGAUGUGGUGGUUCUGAACGGCUACACUGCCGUCAAGGACGCGCUCGUGGACAGGUCCGAGCUGUUCGCCUCCAGGCCGCAAAACUACCUUCUUGAUACGAUUGUCGGUUGCGGAAAAGACAUCAUGUCUGCACGCUGGGGAACUGCGGUGAAGCAGAGAAGGAGGUUUUCCAUUACCGCCUUAAAGUCUCUGGGCAUGAAGAUUGGCACUGGCAGCAUUGAAGAAAAAAUCAAAGAGGAAGCGAGCUAUCUUCGUAACAAGAUUGUAGAAUAUGAUGGACAGGCCUUCGACAUCUCAAACGACGUGAACGUUGCCGUCGCAAACAUCAUCUGCUCCAUGGUGUUCGGGAAGCGCUACGACUACGGGGACAAGACGUUCCGAGAGCUCUCGGAGUCGGUCUCGAACGUCAUAGCUGCAAUGCAGGGACAGAUCGUCACCGUCUUCCCUUUGCUUCGGUUUGUUCCUGGAGUAAACAGAUCCAGCAUGAAAGCGCUCAAACUCAACUCAAAGAUCAAGGCACUUCUGUGGGACGAGAUAGCCCACCAUCGUGAGAACCUCGAUCGCGAGAAUCCGCGAGACUUCAUCGACCUCCUCCUUCUCCAGCUGGAGCAGCAUGAAAAGGUGGACAACCUGACGGAGGAGAAUGUCAUGCACAUAACCCAUAACAUCUUCUUCGCUGGGAUGGAGACAACCACCAACACUUUGCUGUGGAGCCUCCUCUACAUGACUUUGAACCCAGGCGUACAAAAGAAGGUACAGCAGGAGCUUGAUGCCGUCAUUGGUGAGAGUCUGCCCGCCCUGUCUCACCGUCCCCAGCUGCCCUACGUGAAUGCCUGCCUACAGGAGGUCAUGAGGAUCCGCACUCUUCUUCCCUUGAACGUUCCACAUGCCACCACGCAGGAGGUCAAAGUUCAGGGGUUUGACAUCCCCAAAGGCAUUAAGGUCCAAGUACAAAUCUACUGA